AUUUAUUAUGGCAGGUGAUCCCAAUAUAGAAACAACAGUUAAAGCAUUAAAUAUCUUAGACAAGAGUGGAUCUCAUAUGAUAGAAUUAGGAAUACCUUAUAGCGAUCCACUCGCAGAUGGUCCUAUAAUGCAAGCGUCUGCUCAGAGAGCUCUGAAUAGGGGCUUUAGAAUAAAUCAUGUUUUUUCAAUACUAGAAAAUAUUAAGUUAUCAAUUCCUAUAAUUAUAUUUUGCUAUUUUAAUCUAAUACUACAUUAUGGAAUAAAUAAUUUUAUAUACAAAUUAUAUCAAUUAAAUGUUAAAGGAAUAAUUAUUCCUGAUCUUCCUAUUGAAGAAGCUGAUGAAAUUUUAAUGAUAUGCCAACAAUACAAAAUAAAUCUUAAUAUGUUAGUUUCUCCUGUAAGUACAGAAAGUAGGAUUAGUUCAAUUGUAAAGAAAGCAAAUGGUUUUAUUUAUUUGGUAAGUAGUACAGGCGUGACCGGUAUAAGGGAUAAUUUUUCUGAUGUGAUUAAAGAUAAGAUUGAAACUAUUAGAAAAUACAGUACUAAGCCAAUAGUAAUAGGUUUUGGCGUGUCUAAACCUAGUCAUAUUAAACAAAUUAAGGCUUGGGGAGCUGAUGGAAUAAUUAUUGGUAGUGCUUGUAUACAAGAAAUAUCUAAAUCUACUCAAUCUGACGAAUUAAAUGAUUUUAAAAAUUUUCUAAAUAAAAUGAUAGAAUCUAUUUAAUAUAUUUUUUAAUAUAUUUUAUAUAGUAGUAAAUAUUACUAGUAUACCCUCAGGGGAAUUCGAAUCCCCGUUACCUCCGUGAAAGGGAGAUGUCCUAGGCCUCUAGACGAUGAGGGCAUUUUAUUAGAUAAAGAAAUAUUAUUAUAUAAUUUAUAUUUUUAUAGAAGUUAUGAUAUUAAAUUAUAAUUCUUUUUUUUAUUUGUCUAUAUUAAUAAUUAUAUUACUAUUUUUUAUAAUAAAGAUUUAUAGUCAAGUUUUUAAAUUCAUAAAACAAGAAUUUUAUAUAUAUAGAUUAAAUACUUUAUUAAGUAAUAAUCAUAAAAAUAAUUGCUAUAUUUAUUUUCUUCUUGGAGCAGUUUAUCUAGAUAAGGCUUGUCUAAAACAAGCUCUAGACUUUUUUAUUAAGUCUUAUAAUUCUUAUGAGGAUAAUGCUGGAGUUCCACUUAUACAAAUUUAUAACAGUAUUGGAUAUGUUUAUAUGCAUAUUGAAGAAUAUAAUCUAGCUAUUAAAUUUUUUGAAAAAUGUAUUGCAAUACAGCCUAAUUAUAUCAUAUCCAUAAAUAAUUUGGCAAAAGUUUAUGAAAAAAUAAAUGAUAUAAAAAAAGCAAUUGAUUUAUAUCAACUUGUUUUAUCUUAUGAUAAUCAAAAUAAAACCGCUAUUGAUAGACUGAAUAAAUUAUUUGCAAAUAAA